CUUUUCAUAUUUGGUCCCAGAAAACAAAACAAAAAAAAAAAAAAAAAAAAAAAAAUCAAAAUGGGCUUUGUUUGGGUGUUGACUUUGAACCAUGCGAGUGUUUCUCACAUUACUUAUUUAUUCACACGAUUCCAAACUCCGCAAUGUCCACCCAAUUUCUCAGCGGAAAAGCCAAUUCCUCCCCCCCACUUCCACAACCACCACCACCCCCACUUUCACACGACUUAACAAUUCCUCUCAUUUCCUUUUCCGUCUUAAACAAUUCCUCUCCCCAUUAAAAUAAUCAUCAGGAAGGAAAACAAAUCCGUUUACCCACUAUUCUAUUCCCCCAGUCCCCUUCUAUUCUCUCUCACUCACAACGCCAGAAUCCAACAACUACAGAGACAUUUCUAGAGAGAGAAAAGCAAAAAAAAUCCAGCAUUUCUAGAGAGAGAAAUAUGCUUGAGUUGUGUUGUCGGCCGCUGGAGCGGUGCUUCGGUGGUGGCGGCGGUGGUGAUGGACUUCUGUGGCACAUGGACUUGAAGCCUCACGCCUCCGGUGACUACUCGAUUGCGGUGGUUCAGGCCAAUUCCUCACUCGAAGACCAGGGCCAAGUUUUUACCUCCCCCUCCGCCACCUACGUCGGCGUCUACGACGGCCACGGCGGCCCCGAAGCGUCUCGCUUCAUCACCAGCCACCUCUUCCCUUACCUCCACAAGUUUGCUUUAGAACAAGGAGGAUUGUCUGAGGAGGUGAUAAGGAAGGCAUUUGAUGCUAUUGAAAAGGAGUUCGUGGAUUUGGUGAAGCAAUCAUGGCUAUCUCGGCCUCAAAUUGCUUCAGUUGGUUCAUGUUGUCUUGUUGGAGCGAUUUCAAAUGAUGUUUUAUAUGUGGCAAAUUGCGGGGACUCAAGGGCUGUGCUUGGCAGGAGAGUAUCUGAUGGCCGCACUAAUAGUUCUACAACGGUGGUGGCUGAAAGGUUAUCGACAGAUCAUAAUGUCGGUGUUGAAGAGGUGAGGAAGGAGGUCAAGGAUCUUCAUCCUGAUGAUUCGCACAUUGUGGUGUAUACUCGGGGGGUUUGGCGAAUUAAGGGCAUUAUUCAGGUGUCCAGAUCAAUUGGGGAUGUCUAUCUGAAAAAACCUGAGUUAUACAGAGAUCCUCUUUUCCAGCAAUAUGGAUCACCCAUUCCUUUAAAAAGACCUGUAAUGUCAGCAGAGCCCUCGAUAUUGAUUCAGAAGUUAAGACCACAAGAUUUGUUCUUGAUAUUUGCAUCAGAUGGCCUCUGGGAGCAACUGAGUGAUGAAGCAGUUGUUGAGUUCGUGCUGAAAAAUCCGAGAGUUGGAAUAGCAAAGCGAUUGGUAAGAGCUGCCCUUCAGGAGGCCGCUAGGAAAAGAGAAAUGAGGUACGAGGACAUAACAAGAAUCGGAAAAGGUGUAAGGCGGCAUUUUCACGAUGAUAUAACGGUGAUCGUGAUGUAUCUGGAUCAUAAACAAGGCUCUCCAAGUGGUAGAUUCAACAAUCACACCAUGGUUGACUGCACCAGUUCUCCGGUCGAUAUCUUCUCUUUUAACACAGAUGAAGUGGUAGAUACGCCUCACACUUCACCUAAUAAACCAUAGCGCAAGCAUAUGCACUGCCUUGUGAAUACAAUAAAUUUUGUUUGCACAGGUGCAUUAAACAAGGACUAUUUGGGAUAAGAAUAAUCUUAAGGGUUGUUGUACAUAGUCUUGUGAAGGAGGGAUACAUAGUCUUGUGAUGGGAGGGAUGAUAGAUUGAAGCUGCUGACCUCUUUGCCUGGGUUUUGACCUGAUCUUUUGUUUUGUUCCCUUUUCUCUGGGGAGUUGUAUGAGAACAAUUUGUUUCCUUCUGUAUUAUGCUUUUUGUUAGUUGCAUAUAAGUUGAUCUUUACUUGCACAUAAUAUUAAAAGCUAGCAGAUUUUUUGUUU